AUGCUCCUAGUAUUUGUAUUUCUGCUACUAUUUCAGCAAAGUCAAUCUAAAAUUGUGACAAUUGCUGGAAGACCUGUCGAAUAUUCGGGAUUAACAGUUCUCGCAACCAAUUGUGCUAGUCACACAAUUUGCGGUGACAAAUGUGCGAAUUUGAAUAAUUGCGCGGUAGGUUUUGAUUUUUGAUUAAAAAAAAAUUUUAAUUUAAAUUUAAAAAAAAACAUUUUGUAGGCUGUUUACUACAAAACUUCAAAUCGGACAUGCAUCAGUUAUAAUUACGGAAAUUUAUUUUCAAUUUUGAAAAUUGAUAGCUCACCGGUUGCUGAGUUUUUCUCAUUUAAGGUAGGUAAUAUGUACACAGGCCUGGGAGACUCCGGCACAGGCCUGGGAAACUCCGGGAUAGGCCUGGUAGACUCCGGGACAGGCCUGGUAGACUCCAGCACAGGCCUGGUAGACUCCGGUACAGGCCUGGGAGACUCCGGGACAGGCCUGGAAGACUCCGUCACAGGCCUAUCUCAGAGUAAAAAUUUUCCAGACCAACACUACAACUUGUCCAAAAUCACCCGCCAAAAUCUACUAUUCAAAAAACUAUACCUACACAGCUACCGGAACCCAUUGGCAAGUUGAGGGGCCGUGCCCAAGAAAUUGGUAUUCAUCAUCAUCCCGCCCAAAGGGCACUUGGUGCAUGAAUUUAUUUCUUAACACUUCCCGGAACUUCACAGAAGUCUACAAAUUCUGCAAUAAUAUUGAGAAAAGUGCAACAAUUUCUGGAAUCGCAAGUCAAGAUGAGUUAUGGUAUAUUGUUUCGACUGGUUAUACUUUACAUUCACCGGAUGUUACAAUGACUAUAGCAAUUGAUGGACGACUUAUGGAUAAGUAUACAGAGCCGAGUUUUCCGGAUCGCUAUGCAUUUUAUGACAAAUACCUUACAACUUAUAAAUAUAAUUUUGCUGCCUAUGCUCCAAACUCAAAUCUAGUCAAUGGACAGUAUAAGAGAUGCUUGAUUUUGUGGUCUAUUCGAUCUAAUCAAGUUCCUGACGCGGCUGUACAAGAUAUGCUAUGUUCGACGAAAAGUAAGAUGUAUGUGUGUGGAAGAGCGGCUAGAUAUUUGUGA